AUUAUUUAGGAGUACAAUUUUGUUCCAAAAACUUUUGCUUAGCUUUUAUGAAAUUUAAGAAAAUUAUUAGAAAAUAAAGAAUUAUUAGAUUUAUUAAAAAAAAGGUAAAUGUGAGAUGUAAAUGAAUGAAUGUACGAUCACUUGUUCUUCCUUCCUCGCCGGUCGGUACACCGUUCAACUUAACGGUAAUUCCCUCUCCACCUUUCUAUGAAGAACGUAUUAUGAAUUCGAUUGCCCCAUCAUAAACUCCAUUUUCUCACCAUUUUUCUCCAUAAAAAUGUCUACUUCUGCCUCAAAGAACAGCUUAUUGCCUCCUGCUCUGGUAUCCAAUCUUCAGGAUGUUCUUCUCCGCCGAAAAGCUGCCGACGCCGGCGAGGCAGGAAACGACGAGGAUCCUCAAGCGAAGUCCGCAGACGAUUCGACGCAGCCGUCGUCCAGCUCCGGAAUUGCCACUGGGGAGCCGGACGGAUCGAAGCCUAUCGUUUUGGUGACCAACGCUGACGGGGUUGAUUCCCCAGGUCUCGCCUGUCUUGUUGAUGCACUCGUUCGCAAUGGCCUCUAUAAUGUUUACAUCUGCGCUCCCCAAUCAGAUGAAUCUGUAUCCGGCCAUUCUGUUACGCUGAGGGAAACAGUUGGAGUGAGUUCAAUUGAAGUUCACGGAGCCACCGGUUAUGAAGUUUCUGGGACUCCUGCAGAUUGCAUCUCAUUGGUAUUAUCUGGGGCACUCUAUUCUUGGUCAAAGCCUUCCGUGGUAAUCAGUGGCAUCAACAGGGGAUCAAGUUGUGGCAGUCACAUGUACUGCUCGGGUGUUGUAGCAGGUGCCAGGGAGGCAUUGUUGAGUGGCAUCCCCUCUAUAUCAAUCUCUCUCAACUGGAAAAAUGAUGAAAGCCAAGAAAGUAAUUUCAAGGAAGCGGCAAGCGUUUCUUUACCUUUAAUUAAUGCAGCCAUUAGAGAUAUAGAAAAGGGCGUUUUCCCCAAGUGUUGCUUACUAAAUGUAGAAAUACCAACUUCUCCUCUGGUAAAUAAGGGCUUCAAGUUAACAAAACAGAGUGUUUGGAGAUCAAUCCCAAGCUGGAAAGCCAUUCCAGCAAACCGGAAUCCUGCUGCUGGACGCUUUCUCCCUAAUCAGCAAAAUCUUGGCAUACAGCUUGCUCAGCUUGGUCGAGAUGCAUCUGCUGUAGGCGCUGCUCGCCGUUUAGCCUCACAGAAGAAGGAUAUUGAAGAAGUUGAGUCAGUUGGUGUAGCUAGAAAAUCUGAUCCCAACCGGGUGGUCAAGUACUUCAGAUUGGAGUUACUAGCUAAGGAACUAGAAGACAUGGACGAAGAUUUAGAUUUUAGAGCUGUGGAAAAUGGCUUUGUUGCAAUCACUCCACUGUCUCUUGCACAACAUUUAGAGCCGGAAAUUGAGACAGCUGCUUCUGAUUGGAUUUCUGCUGCCUUACAAACUGAGCACUGAGGAGCCAUACAUCCUGCGAUAGAACUAAUUUCUAUU